AUGGCGACGGUCCAGGCCGAAUGUGCCUCCAACGAAGCUCGCUUACUGGUAGGAGCUGCUGCUCGUACCGCCGGCGAAGAAGCAAGACAGAGAGCAUCGGAAGCAGAGGACGAGCGUAAGCGAACUGCCGCUGUCCAAGAACAAGCCAAACGAGACACUCAGGCUGCCCAGGAGCAGGCCAAGAAACUACAGGAGGCUGCUAAUGAGGAGAAGAAGAAGGCGACUGCCGCACAGGAGGCGGCCAACGCGUCGAAGAAAGCGGCAGAAGAACAAGUGAAGGCGGCCAAUUUUGCCAAGAAGGAGGCUGAACGCAAGUUGAAAGAAGGCAUUCAACCUGUGGUGACUCCCACGCCUGCAGAAGUCAGCGCCGCCAAGCGGAAAGUUCAAUAUCGCGAGGACCUUUUCCACUUCGCAGUAGCCGGGGUGGCAGGAGGAGGGAAAUCAUCUCUUAUCAAUGCCUUCCGCGGUUUGCGUGAUAAGGACGCUGGAUCUGCUGCCACUGGCGUCACCCAGACAACGCUAGCCAUGGCCAGAUACGCCAGCCCUAACGCGGAAUACCCAUAUGUCUGGUACGAUAUCCCGGGCGCAGGCACGCUCAAAAUCCCUGACUGGCAGUACUUCAACGCCCAAGGACUUUACGUCUUUGACUGCAUCAUCGUGCUGUUCGACAAUCGGUUCACCAUGACCGACAUCGCCAUCCUCACCAACUGCAAGCGUUUCAAGAUCCCCACGUAUAUCGUGCGCUCUAAGGCAGACCAGCACAUCCGUAACAUCAUGAAGGACAUGGGGUACGACAGCGAUGACGAUGAAAACGGGGACCAGAGGAAGAAGGUUUACCAGGCUGCACGGCAGCAAUUCAUUCAGCAGAUGCGCCAGAUCGUGAAAGAGAACCUGGAGAAUUACAACAUGCCCGACCAAAGGGUUUACAUCGUUUCGAACGAAUCGAUGUUCGGUGUUGUGAAGGAAAGGCAGCCGAGGCAGGUCAUUGACGAGAUUGAAUUGUUGAACGACCUGAUUGGAGAAGCCCAAAACAGGAAGGCAGAGGAGGCGGCCAAUGCGUCGAAGAAAGCGGCAGAGGAGAAAGUCAGGGAAGCAAAUGUUGCCAGGGAAGAGGCCGAAGGCAAGCUGGCUCAAGGAAUUCAACCUUUGGUGACUCCCACACCUGAUGAAGUUAGCCACAACAAGCAACUAGCUCAGUAUCGCGAAGACCUUUUCCAUAUUGCAGUAGCCGGUACGGCAGGAGGAGGUAAAUCCUCCCUCAUCAAUGCCUUCCGUGGCUUGCGCAACAAUGAUAUCGGAGCUGCUGCCACUGGUGUCAUUGAGACAACGACGGCUAUAGCCCGAUGCCCCGAUCCCAACCCGGACUAUUCGUAUGUCUGGUACGAUGUUCCGGGCGCAGGGACACUUAAAAUCCCAGACUGGCAGUACUUCAAUUCCCAAGGGCUUUACAUUUAUGAUUGCAUCAUCGUCUUAUUCAACGAUCGCUUCACAGCGACCGAGAUCGCCGUUCUUACCAACUGCAGGCGUUUCAAGAUCCCCACGUAUAUCGUGCGCUCCAAGGCAGAUUCGCACAUCCGAGACCUCAUGAAGGACGAGGGGUAUAACAGCGACGACGGCGGCGGGGAUAAGAAGAAGAAGCUUUACCAAGCCGCAAGCCAGAAGUUCAUUCAGCAGACGCGCCAGAGCGUGAAAGACAAUCUGGAGAAUGCAAAGAUGCCUGACCAAAGGGUUUACAUCGUUUCGAACGAAACGAUGCUCAGUGUCGUGAAGGAAGAGCGGCCGAGGAAGGUCAUCGACGAGAUUGAGCUGUUGAGUGACUUGAUUUGGGCAGCUCAGGCCAGGCGCCUAGGGUGCAGUGAAGCUCUUGUGGCGACUACUGUGAAGAAAAUGCUGCAGUCUAUACGUGCUAACAGUGGAAUCUGA